AUGAGGCAUGUAAAUGAAUCCGUGUCCUCGGACUUCAUUCUGGUAGGACUCUUUAGUCAGUCAGGGCCACGUCAGCUCCUCUUCUCCCUGGUGGCUGCUAUGUUUAUCAUGGGCCUUUUGGGCAACACUACUCUACUUUUCUUGAUCCGCAUGGACUCCCGGCUUCAUACACCCAUGUACCUUCUGCUCAGCCAGCUCUCCCUGUUGGAUGUUGGCUUCCCCUUGGUCACCAUUCCCAAGAUGGCAUCAGACUUUCUACAGGGAGAAGGUUCCAUCUCCUUUGGGGGUUGUGCAGCUCAAAUAUUCUUCUUGACAUUGAUGGGUGUGGCUGAGGGUGUCCUGCUGGCUCUCAUGUCCUAUGACCGUUAUGUUGCUGUGUGCCAUCCCUUGCAGUAUCCUGUGCUCAUGAGGCAUCAGGUGUGCCUGCUAAUGGUGGGUACCUCGUGGAUAGCAGGUGUGCUCAAUGCCUGCAUCCAGACAUCCAUCACCUUGCAUUUCCCCUACUGUGCCUCCCACAUCGUGGACCACUUCUUCUGUGAGGUGCCAGCCCUGCUGAAGCUCUCUUGUGUAGACACCUCUGCCUAUGAGUUGGCACUGUCCACUUCUGGGGUGCUGAUCCUCAUACUUCCGCUUUCCCUCAUCGCCACCUCAUAUGGUCACGUAUUAGGGGCUGUUCUACGCAUGCACUCAGAGGAGGCCCGAAACAAGGCAUUCACCACGUGCUCUUCUCACAUCACCGUAGUGGGACUCUUUUAUGGCGCUGCAGUGUUUAUAUACAUGGUACCUAGUUCCUACCACAGCCCAUACCAGGACAAUGUGGUUUCUCUCUUCUACAGCCUUAUCACCCCCACACUCAACCCUCUCAUCUACAGU